CUGUCUGUCUGUCUGUCUGCCUCUGAGUCUCCCCUUUCUCUUCUUUCCAAAGAUUCUUCUAUUUUCUUCCUUGCAUUUUAAGCUCUCCCCAAAUCUCAUAAAUUAGGUAGAUUCAGACAACUACAGACUUCCUUAUUUGUACACUAGGAGUUUAUUAUUAUUAUAUUUUGAAAAAAAUAUAUGAUAUUUUCGAAUUUUCUUUAAUUUUUUCUUGAAUAUGGUGUGGGAGCUUUUGAAUGCGAAAUGCGUGAAGACCCACUGAUGUUGUCACUGCUACGAAGCUGACGUGUGUGCAUUCUGCAGUGAGAAUCAGGCAAGGGAGCCCAGGGUUGUUAGCUGUUGUUAGACUAGAAUCGCAAUAAUGUCGAGGAUCACCAAGUGGAAGCUUGAGAAGAAUAAAGUUAAAGUGGUCUUUCGGCUUCAGUUUCAUGCAACACAUAUCCCACAAACUGGAUGGGACAAAUUAUUUAUAUCAUUUAUCCCAGCAGACUCCGGCAAGACAACAGCAAAGACAACUAAAGCAAGUGUGAGAAAUGGAUCAUGCAAAUGGGCAGAUCCUAUUUAUGAGACUACGAGGCUUCUCCAAGAUGUAAAAAACAAAGAAUAUGAUGAGAAGCUGUACAAAAUUGUUGUUGCAAUGGGUUCUUCGCGAGCUAGUAUUCUCGGUGAGGCUACAAUCAACCUUGCCGAACAUGCGGAUGCUUCGAAGCCUUCUGUAGUUGCAUUACCUCUUCAUGGAGGCAAUACAGGAACUAUAUUACAUGUCACUGUACAGUUGCUAACAUCCAAAACAGGAUUCAGAGAGUUUGAGCAGCAAAGGGAACUCCGGGAGAGGGGUUUGCAGUCGGGAGUUGAUAAUAAGCCUGAUGACACAGGCCCUGGAAAAGUGUCGGUCUCCAGAGACGCUGCUCGUGGUGAAAUGGAAAAGGGCAACAGAAGGGCUAGAUUCAGACCAGAUGCUAAAGAACUUUCGUCAGUUGAAGAAGUAGAAGAAUAUGGAGAUAUGGCUGUCGGAUUUGAUGGCUCUUCUAAUGCAUCAGAAAGUUUCUAUGCUGAAAAAAAUGAUGCCUCCAGCAUGCAGGAAACCAAUAGCCUGAAGAGUGCAGCUUUUGGUGACUCAAAUGAACCUCCCAAUAGUCAAAGCCCACAGCCAAGACAAACAACUCCUUCUGAAAGUCAAGUCGUGGCUCGUGGGAGUAAUGAUUCAGUUCAUGGAUGGGUUUCGGACUGCUCUAUGGAUAAUGACUUGGCAAUUGCUUGUGAUGAGAAUAAUCGACUCAGAGGAAGCUUAGAACUGGCAGAAACGUCAGUUUUUGAGCUGAAGCUUGAAGUGAGUUCUCUGCAAAGUCAAGCUAAUGAACUAGGCAUUGAAGCCGAAAAGUUUGCUCACCUUCUUGCCGCUGAGAUAUCCUCUGGUGAAGAAUUGGCAAAGGAGGUCUCUGUCCUGAAACUAGAAUGUUUGAAGUUCAAAGAUGACGUUGAAAGACUACAGAAUUUAAAAACAAGCCCUCAGAGUACAGAAAAACAAAAUGUACAUGCUGAUUGUGGCCACUUAGUUCAAGAAGUACAAGUUAAAUGGAUCAAAGGAAUUUUACUGCUGGAAGACAGGAUACGUGACCUUCAAAAUAAGACUUACCUUGGUUUCCAUGAACGAGAACAUAGGCUUCUCCAGUCGGAACUUGAGGUAAUGGUGCAGAUUCUGCAGGAUAUAAAACAAGGGUCAGAGAACGAAAUAUCCUUGCUAAAUAUUGUGCCACCUGUAAUUACGGAUGUAAAAGAGGUAAGAGACCCUUUUUUACAGAAAACGGAGCACCCUUUGCCAGGACUUGGGUUGGAUUUGGAUUUGUGUCCACCCGUAGAUAUACUUCAUCAUUUUAGUAUACCUUCCCUUGUCUCUCAAGGACCGGAUUCUCUGGGUGCUGUAGAUGCAAUGAAAACAAAAAUUUUCGAUCUCAUAAGAGAACUGGAUGAAGCAAAGUUUGAAAGGGAAAACCUUGUCAAAAAAAUGGAUCAGAUGGAGUGCUACUAUGAAGCACUCGUUCAGGAACUUGAGGAGAAUCAGAAGCAAAUGCUGACAGAGCUGCAGAGUCUUAGGAGUGAGCACUCUACUUGCAUGUAUACAAUUUCUAGCAGUAAAGCUGAAAUGGAGUCCUUGCGCCAAGAUAUGAAUCUCCAGAUUCUCCAGCUUGUUGACGAGAAUCGCAAUUUAGAUGCCAUUAACAAAGAGCUGGAGAAAAGAGCUGCUUCAUCAGAAGCAGCUCUUAGGAGGGCACGCAUGAACUAUUCAAUUGCUGUUGAAAAGUUACAAAAGGAUCUCGAGCUCCUUUCAUCACAGGUUGUCUCCAUGUUUCAGACUAAUGAGAACCUCAUCAAACAAGCAUUUUUAGAACCUUCAAUGGCAGAGGACCUCGAGUAUGUAAAUGGUUUGCAAUACUUAGAAAGUUCUGAUACUACAAUGCAAUUGCAGUUCCACAAUCAAAAUUUAAGUACGAGGAAACAAUCACUCUGCGGAGAUGUCCUUUUAGAGGACUUGAAGAAAUCACUCUUCUUACAGGAAGAGCUUUAUAUGAAGGUUGAAGAAGACCUUAAUGAAAUGCACUCUGUGAAUUUGUACUUGGACAUAUACUCCAAGACUCUAGUGGAAACAAUGCUCGAGGCAGAUCAUAGUUCCGUAUUAAUGAAGAAAUAUAUGGAUGAACUUGCUCAGCAGUUAGAGUUUUCAAACGAAUGCAGGGAUCAGUUAAUGGCAAAACUGCAGGUUGCUUUGGAAGAUAUUAGCAUUCUAAAUGAGGACAAAGCUAGAUUCAUUAAUAAGUGCAAUGAACUUGUUCUCCAGAAUCAAAUUUUAGUGGAUAAACUGGAAGGGAUUUCAAAGGAAAACUGUCUUCUCACAGAGAAGCUCAUGGGUGUAGAAGUAAUUUCAGCAGAAUAUAGAAAUUGCCUGAGCAAAUAUGAAGCUUGUUUGGAAGAGAAAGCAGAGUUGUCGAGUUUAUUGGAACAAGGAAAGCUAGAAAAUGGCAUGCUUCAUACUGAAAUAUCUGUUCUGAAGGAGGACCUGAAAAUUGUUGAGUCCAAACUUGACAAUUUGGUUUCUUCAAAGGAAAAUCUUCAGCAAAAUGUCAGCUUUGUGCAGGAUAGGCUAGUUAAUGUUUUGGAAUCUUAUGGUGAGCAAUUUAUUGGGACUCCUCCUUUGGGUAAAGCCCAUCAUCCCGACUUGGACUUGAAUAAUCUCAAAGGUCUUCUGCUCCAAGUCGAAGAGAUCCAACAUAAAUCGUGUAGCAAGAUUCUUCAACUCAUGGAAGAUAACAAGUGUCUAGAGGCUGAAAAACAUGCUUCUGAAGUGUCCCUUAGCAGAGCCAGUUCAGAAAUUCUUGCAGUGAAGCAAAAGUUUAAAAAUAAUAUACAGGACAUGGCGGCUAAAUUAGGCACAUCUAACGCCCUUGUGGAGAAGCUUCAGUUUGAACUUGAAACUGUUGCAAAUAAACUCCACUUCACCUCUGAAGUGGAGGAAAAACAUGCACAACAGAACCGAGAGCUUUUGGCUGAUCUCUCCCUCUUGGAAGUUGAACUGCAAAACCUCGCAUCUAGAAAUGGGCAUGUUGUUCAAGAGAUAUUAGGCCUGGAUUCUUUAGCUGAUGAAAUUGGGAGAAGCAGCUCAACGAUUGCUGAGUUAUUACAAGAGAACAAGGACCUCAUGAUGUCUUUGCAGGGUAAGACCGAGGAAUCUGUCAAGCUUGCAUCCGAAAUCAGUAGUCUGAAAGAAAACUUGGGAAGCCUUAAUGGUGAGUUGCAUUCUGAGAUAGAUUCUAAGGCUGUGCUACAGGCUAGGGUGCAAGAUCUUAUGUCUCAAUUGAAUGAGAAGCACGGUAGCUUAAGUGAUCUGGAGAAGCGUAAUAGUGAGCUAUUACAAGAGAACAAGGACCUCAUGAUGUCUUUGCAGGGUAAGACCGAGGAAUCUGUCAAGCUUGCAUCUGAAAUCAGUAGUCUGAAAGAAAACUUGGGAAGCCUUAAUGGUGAGUUGCAUUCCGAGAUAGAUUCUAAGGCUGUGCUACAGGCUAGGGUGCAAGACCUUAUGUCUCAAUUGAAUGAGAAGCAUGGUAGCUUAAGUGAUCUGGAGAAGCGUAAUACCGAGCUAUUACAGGAGAACAAGGACCUCAUGAUGUCUUUACAGGGUACGACUGAGGAAUGUGCCAAGCUUGGAUCUGAAAUCAAUGGUCUGAAAGAAAAAUUGGGAAGCCUUCAUGGUGAUUUGCAUUCCGAGAUAGAUUCUAAGGCUGAGCUACAGGCUAGGGUGCAAGACCUUAUGUCUCAAUUGAAUGAGAAGCACGGUAGCUUAAGUGAUCUGGAGAAGCAUAAUACUGAGCUAAUACAAGAGAACCAGGAUCUCAUGAUCUCUUUACAAGUUAAAACUGAGGAAUCGGUCAAGCUUGGAUCUGAAAUCAGUGGUCUGGAAGAAAACUUGAGAAGUCUUCAUGAUGAAUUGCGUUCUGAGAAAGCUUCUAAGGCAGCAGUAGAAGGUAAGGUGCAAGAUCUUACUUUCCAAUUGAAUGAGAAAUGUAACUGCUUACUUGAUCUAGAGAAGUGUAAUACUAAGCUAAUACAAGAGAAGCAAGAUCUCGCGAUGUCCUUGCAGGGUGCAACUGAGGAAUCUUCCAAGCUUGCAUCUGAAAUCAGUUGUCUGAAAGAAAACUUGAGAAGUGUACAUGAUGAAUGGCAUUCUGAGAGGGAUUUUAAGGCUGAACAUGAGGGGACAAUUCGAGAUCUUACUUUUCAAUUGAAUGAGAAAUGUAAUUGCUUACUUGAUCUGGAGAAGUGUAAUACUAAGCUAAUACAAGAGAAGCAAGAUCUCGUGAUGUCCUUGCAGGGUGCAACUGAGGAAUCUUCCAAACUUGCAUCCGAAAUCAGUUGUCUGAAAGAAAACUUGAGAAAUCUACAUGAUGAAUUGCAUUCUGAGAGAGAUUCUAAGUCUGAACUCGAGGGGACAAUUCGAGAUCUUACUUUUCAAUUGAAUGAGAAACAUAGCAGCUUACAUUCAAUAGAGAAGCAGAACAUUAGUGUAGUACAAGAGAAGCAAGAUCUCAUAGCUUCCUUACAGGGUAAGACCGAGGAGUCUGUCAAGCUUGCAUCUGAAAUCAUUAGCUUGAAAGAUAACUUGAGAUGUCUACAUGAUGAAUUGAACUCUCAGAAAAGUUCCAAUUCCGAAUUAGAGGCUAGGCUGAAAGAUCUUAGUUCCAAAUUGAGUGAGGAGCAUCUCAACGUACUUCACUUGGAGAAGCUAAGUACCGAACUUGCUCAUUUUCAAGAGCAGGCAUCAGAGUUAGAAGUGGAGAAAUCUCGACUUCAUAAUCUUUUGCUGCAGCGUGAUGAGUGUAUUGAAAAACUUAAGGAAGAUUUGUCCCUUCUUCAUGCUCUUAAAAGUCUUGAACUGCAAAUGCAUGAAUCUUUAAUAGCCUCUGAUGUUAAAUUCACCUUUGCUGUAAACCAAUAUGGAACUGUUGUUCAGGGACUUGUUCAGCAACUUGAACUAUCUGAUGAGUGUCUUGGAGAUCUUAGGAAACAACAUGAUGACCUACAGGCAAAGUUUAAUCAAAAUUUUGCACGUAAGGAUCAUCAUAGUGAAGAAAAUUUAAAGUUGUUGACAGCUCUUGAUACUGUUAGAUCUGAUCUGGAAGCCUCUCUAGCUCAAAAUAAGGUUCUUUCAGAUUCUAACAGUGCUACAAAGGCGAGAGUUGAGGAAUACAAGAACCAGAUUACAAUUCUUGAGGAUGGUCUUUCCCAGGCCAAACGUUGUCAUGCACUUGAAGUAGAACAUCUGAAAGACAUGCUGGCAAAUGCCGAAGAAGAAAUUUGGUACUUGAUAGCCUCCAAAGAGGAACUGGGCAUCAUGGUGACAGUACUGAGAAGCAAAUUAGAUGAACAGCUUCCUCACAUGACUUUGCUGGAGAAAUACCAAGAUGAACAGCUGACAUUACAAUCUCAGUAUAAUGAGCUUGCACACAAGCUCUCCCAGCAAGUUCUGAAGACUGAAGAAUUCAGGAAUUUAUCUGUUCGUUUGAAGGAGCUAAAGGAUACGGCUGAAGCUGAAUGUGUCCUGGCUAGAGAAAAAAGGGAAUCUGAAGGACCACCAGUCGCCAGGCAAGAAUCCUUGCGAAUGGCUUUUAUCAAAGAACAGUAUGAGACAAAGGUGCAAGAACUGAAGCAACAGCUUUCUAUUUCCAAAAGGCAUGGAGAGGAUAUGCUUUUGAAGCUCCAAGAUGCAGUUGAUGAAACUGAAAGUAGGAAGAGAUCUGACGCUUUACACUCUAAAAGAAAUGAGGAACUAGCUCUCAAGCUCUUGGGAUUGGAAUCUGAACUACAAGAGGUACUUUCUGACAAGCGUGAAAUUUCUAAAGCUCAUGAUCGAAUAAAGACAGAACUGGAAUGUGCAGUUCUAAGCUUAGAAUGUUCCAAGGAAGAAAAGGAAAAGCUUGAAGUCUCUUUGCAAGAAUGUAUGGGAGAAUGUUCUAGACUUGCAGCAGAACUGUCUGUGAUAAAACAGCAACUCGAGAAUGUCAAGUCCCAAAGUACUCAUAAAGAAGUAAAACAUGGGUCUGAUGAGUCAACUAAACCUUCAUCUCCUAAUUCCUCACAUCAGGAAAAUCUGAUUUCUCCUGAGAAGUUGGUGGAUCCAUGCUCAAAUCUGGCUGGUGAAAGUGAAGAUUUGACUAUGCUAAACCAAUUGCAAACUGCUGGGGGUACUAUGUCCGUUGAGGGGAAACUGAAUUCCCAACAUCUAUCUAUUGAAGGACUUUCAUCGGCAAGUAUUGAUUUUAAGAACAAUCAUUUUGGAACCCAAAAUUUGAGGGCUAGCAUGGAGCACCUACAUGAAGAGUUGGAAAGGAUGAAAAAUGAAAACUAUCUUUUUCCCAAGGAUCAUCAUUGUGACCCAGAUUUUCAAGAUUCUCAGAGAGAACUUGUGCAAUUACAGAAGACAAAUGAAGAUCUUAGAAGCAUGUUCCCGCUUUUUAAUGAAAUUGCUACUGGUGGUAAUGCAUUGGAAAGGGUUCUUGCACUGGAGCUUGAGCUUGCUGAAGCUUUGAAGACAAAGAGCAAACCAAACAUCUUCCAGAGUUCUUUCCUAAAACAACACAGCGACGAAGAAGCCAUUUUCAAGAGUUUUAGAGACAUCAAUGCAGUAAUUAAAGAAAUGUUGGAACUAAAAGGAAGGCAUGCAGCAAUGGAGAAUGAACUGAAAGAGAUGCAUGACAGAUACUCUGAGCUAAGCCUCCAGUUCGCGGAGGUUGAAGGUGAAAGACAGAAACUCAAGAUGACACUCAAGAAUCUCCGGGGAUCUAGGAAACUCACUCAAAUAAACCGCACAUCGUCCUCCAUUCCAGCAGAAAAUUCCUCCUAGUAAGCUACUUUUUCCACAACAUUUGAUGGAAUGCAUUUCAUUUGGUUCUGCUCAUUUAAACCUGCAUUCAUGUCUCCAAGGCUCUGAACUCCCUUCAGGCUUCAGGUCUAUUAGUCUCUGUAUAUAGCAAAUAUCAUUGCUGAAUUUUGUUAAUGGCUUAAAUUAUAUGAUGUAGAUUUGUCUCUAGUAGCUAUACAUUCUUUUGGUUUAUGCUUCUCUUUUUCUGUUGUAACAUCGAGUAUAUGUAGCCUCUUUUUUUUUUUUUUUCUAGUUAAUUUUUGUAAUUAAACUUUACCAUUCCAGCUGAGUGUCUGCAAUAGACAUCAAAGUUCUCACCUGGAGUUUUCUUCUGCAUUUAGAUCUUGACUUUUUGUCUAUUCUGUCUGCAAAAUUUAUGAUUAUGGAUCAUAUGUUGGAAUUGUGGAGCA